AGCCCAGCCCAGUUAUAUCUGAAGUAACAGCGAGAUAAAAGCUUCAAACUCGAUAUCUUUACACAAAGAAAUCUGAAACCCCAAGCUAUUUUUUAAUUUUUUAUUUUGUUUCAAUGCUUAUUCAAUCACUUGUUUUUCGAUGUUUGUCCACAAGAAAAAACCGUCUUGUCAUUGAAUUCCCCAGGAGGUUGCUUUUUGCCUCAUUUCAGUUUGUUUCUUCUUUUACUGCCCAUGUUGCCACAGAAGAGAUAAACCCAUCUUUAAAAGUCCCACUUUUCAAAGAAAAAACAAAGCUUGAAGGAUCUAAAAGGUUAAAGCUUUACUCUAAGAUUCUACAUGAUUGCGCAUCAAAAGGGUCUUUGAGUUCAGCCAAAGCUGUUCAUGGGAAGAUAAUAAAAAAUGGGAUUGACCCUGAUUUGCAUUUAUGGAACUCCUUAGUGAAUGCUUAUGCAAAACGUGGGGUCUUUGGAUAUGCUUGUAAAGUGCUCGAUAGAAUGCCUGAAAGAGAUGUUGUGUCUUGGGCCGCUCUGUUCUCUGGUUUGGUUAAUGAAGGGUAUGGAUAUUAUGUGUUGGAUUUGUAUUGUUCUAUGAAGAAAGAUGGGGUUCUGCCAAAUGGGCAUUGCUUAGUGACCGCUUUGAAAGCUUGUUCUUUGAGUUUGGAUUUGUUUUUUGGUACAUUGUUGCAUGGGGAAGGUGUUAAAGUUGGAGUUUUGUUGGAUGUUUUUGUUGGAUCCUCUCUUGUUGAUCUUUAUGCGAAAUGUGGUCAGAUGGAACUGGCAGAGAGAGUAUUUCUGUUCAUGGAUAAAAAGAAUGUUGUAUCAUGGAAUGCAUUGCUUAAUGGAUAUGCUCUAAAGGGCGAUGCAGGAAAGAUUUUGAAUUUGUUUCAAGGGAUGACGGAAUCUGAAUUGAGGUGUAGUAAGUUUACUUUGUCAAAUGUGCUCAAAAGUUGUACGUACCUGGUAAACUUAACAUGGGGCUUGAUUGCACAUUCUUUGGUGAUUAAGACCGGGUGUGAGCAUGAUGAAUUUGUUGGUUGUUGCCUUCUUGAUAUGUACUCAAAAUGUGGACUGGCUGAGGAUACUCUUAAGGUUUUUAAAAGGAUUCAAGAACCCAACAUAGUAGCCUGGAGUGCAAUGAUUGACUGCCUUGAUGAGCAAGGCCAGAUUCAAGAGGCAGCUGAGUUGUUUUCUCUAAUGAGAUGCAAAGGGGUAAGCCCCAAUCAGCAUACUUUUGCCUCUAUUGCUGGUGUAGCUGCUAAUUUGGGUGAUCGGUUAUAUUGUGAAGGCGUUCAUGCUUGUAUAUUUAAACAUGGAUUUGAAUCUGAAAUCAUUUUGAGCAAUGCACUUAUUGCAAUGUAUAUGAAAAUCAGGUCAGUCCAAAAUGGUUGGCGGGUGUUUAAGGAAAUGAGUUCUUGGAAUUCAGCUUCAUGGAAUUCUCUUCUUUCUGGAUCUCAUAAUGGUAAAACUUGUGAUCGAGGACCAAGUAUCUUUCACAAGAUGCUUGCUGAAGGUUUUAAGCCUGAUAUCUGUACAUUUACUAGCAUUUUAAGAUCUUGUUCCAAUCUUUUAAAUAUAAAAUUUGGACAUCAAGUGCAUGCCCAUAUAAUAAAGAAUGGCCUAAAGGAUAAUAAUUUAGUGGGAACAUCUCUUAUUGACUUGUAUGCCAAAAAUGGAUUCUUGGCGGAUGCAGAGCUACUUUUUACUCAAUUGAUUGAGAGGGAUCUUUUUUCAUGGACUGCAUUAAUUGCUGGUUAUGCUCAAAGUGAUUGUUCAGAGAAGGCUAUCAAGUGCUUCAAUCAUAUGCAGAGGCAAGGUGUCACGCCCAAUAAUUUCACUCUUGCUACCUGUUUGAGUAGUUGCUCCAAUAUGGCGAUGUUGGAAAACGGGCAGCUGCUUCAUUCAAUGGCAAUUAAGGCUGGGAAUUCAGGUGAUAUGUUUGUAUCUUCUUCAAUUGUAGAUAUGUAUGCUAACUGUGGAUGCAUAGAAGAAGCUGAAGCUGCUUUCCAGGGCAUGGUGUCAACGGAUACUGUAUCAUGGAACACGAUGUUAUUUGGAUACCUGCAACAUAGACAAGGAUUGAAGGUUUUAGAAACUUUUAGGAUGAUGUUAGACAAAGGCCUUGAGCCAGAUGAGGUUACGUUCAUAGCAGUUUUAUCUGCCUGUAGUUAUAUGGGCUUUGUAAAUGAAGGGAAAGAGUACUUUGAUUCCCUGACCAAUGUUUUUGGAAUAGUACCCACAAUUAAGCACUGUGCCUGUAUGAUUGAUAUUUUAGGUCGAGCUGGCAAGUUCAAUGAAGUUGAAAGCUUUAUCAAGGACAUGAAGGUUACAUCGAAUCCCUUGAUUUGGGAGACAGUUCUUGGGGCUUGUAGAAUGCAUGGAAAUGACAAACUUGGUGAAAGUGCUGCUGAGAAACUCUUCGAACUUAAUCCUGGUAUAGCCUCCCAUUACAUAUUACUAGCAAAUAUUUUUGCUGCCAAGGGUAGGUGGGAGGAUGUCCGAAGAGUCAGAGCAUUGAUGACCCAUUGUGGUGUUAAGAAAGAACCUGGGUGUAGUUGGGUGAUGGUCAAUGGUCAAGUGCACAUCUUCAGGUCCACUGAUGGUUUUCAUCCAAAACAUGGGGAGAUCUAUAUAAAAUUGAAGGAGCUUGUCGAGAAGUCUAUUUUAGCAGGAUAUGUGCCUAAGACAGAUCAUAUACUCAAUGAUGUCAGUGAUGAUGAAAAAUUAGAACAGCUCUUUCAUCAUAAUGAAAGAUUAGCUCUUGCUUUUGCUCUUAUUAGCAUCAACCCUGUGAAAACAAUUCGGAUAUUCAAAAAUUUGCACAUAUGUGAAGACUGCCAUGAUUUUAUGAAGCUUGUCUCUGGUGUCAUAAAACAGGAGAUAGUUGUUCGUGAUGCAAAUUGUUUCCAUCACUUCAAAAGCGGCAUUUGUUCAUGUCAAGACUAUUGUUGAUUUGUCUCUAGCCAUCUGACAAAAACUUCAUUCUAGCUCAGUAAUUUGUUUGCAGGACUUCAGAGUUUAGACGGAUCUGGAGGUAUCACAUUUUCAAAUGAUGGCUUCUGGUCUAGGUCACAGGCAGCCAAUUCCUGUAAUUGGUCAUCACUAUGAAGGCUAAUGUUGGAUAGAAGUAUAAUUCUCUAAUUAUAGGCUGCUUUGUGAUACAAAUGGUCUGUAAUUUUCUCGAAGGUCUGUCGCAGAGAAGUGAUUAGAUUGACAACUAGAUUUUCAAUGUUUGAUUUUGCAGUGAAUGAUUGUGCAUGGUAUGGGAAUUUUCAGGUUUCUUGUUGUUUCCGUAGAGGUCUUGAUUUCAAUUCCAGGAAACAACCAUAUCUCGGAAAAUUCAUCAUGGCUUUGCAGUUUAACAAGCUGCAAGUCAAAUGAAACUUGAUUGCCCAAAUCAAGAUCACCGGACCAUAAAGUUUGGCUUCACCUUUGCAUUGCAUGUUUGGAGGUUCAUCUGUAGAUGACAACUUCUUGUUUAUUGUUGUCUCCAGAUUCAUUCCUAUGACACAGUUCUUCAUAUUGGAUUUAUCAGUUUUAAUUUGUUGAACUGAAACAGCAGAACAUCAGAACUUCUGCCAUCCGACAUUGUUGCUGCUGCUCACUUGGAUGCUUCAGUCAAGAAGUCUUAAAAUUACUCGAAAUCGAGAAAUUCGGAUAUCAACGAUUGCUUUCAUGAUCACCAACGCUUAAUUUAUCCUUCAAGAACACGGUUUGCUCAGAUUAUACACGAAAGGAACACAAAUGUGGUGUCCGAUAGAGACGCUGAUGAUUUUUUGCCCUUGAUGUAAUUAACUUUGAGUGCUAAGCAAUGUAGGCCAAAUCGUAUACUCUAACACUGAUAUAUAAAAUUAUUUGGUA